AUGUCUUACCAUGGACCGCUUUUUACAUGGUGUAACAGACGGGAUGCGGGUCUAAUUUCGAAGAAACUUGAUCGAGUUUUAAAGAAUAUCAGAUGGGAUCAGGCUUUUCCGGUGCCAUACAGUGUAUUUGAGGCUGGUGGAUGCUCAGACCAUUUGCAGUGUAGAGUUCGGCUGGAGGCAGAACAGGAAAAAGGGAAAAAGCCGUUCAAGUUUAUCAAUGCUGUUACUGAGUUAGCUGAGUUUUUACCGAUGAUGGAAACUUUCUGCGGUAACACUCAACCUAUUUACUCUUCUACCUCCUCCAUGUUCCGGUUAGCAAAGAAACUUAAGGCUCUUAAACCUUCAAUUCGAUCUUUGGCAAAGAAUAUAUUGGGUAAUCUUUCAAAGAAAGCUAAGGAGGCAUACGAGAUCUUAUGUGAGAAGCAGUCGGUUAAUGCUCUAAAUCCCUCUUUACAGAAUGUGGAAGAGGAAAUAUCUGCUUACAGGCGGUGGGAUUCUAUUUCUAAGCUGGAGAAAAAAUUUCUAAAGCAGAGAUCAAAGGUUCAUUGGUUGCAGAUUCGUGAUGGGAACAAUAAGACGUUUCAUAAAGCUGUUGUUUCUAGGGAGGCCACAAACUCAAUACGUGAAAUCAAAAGAAGAGAUGGAAUGGUGGUAACAUCGGCUGAUGAAAUAAAAGCAGAGGCUGCGGGUUUCUUUUCUAAACUUCUGGACACAGAAGCGAGUGCUCAGCGUAUCGGCUAUCACCCGAAAUGUCAAAACCUGGGCCUUACCCACCUUAGUUUUGCUGAUGACAUUAUGGUCCUCUCUGAUGGCAAAGUGAGAUCGGUCGAAGGUAUUGUAAAGGUUUCUAAUGAUUUUGUGAGGAUCUCAGGCCUGAAGAUAAGUAUGGAGAAGUCUACGAUUUAUCUCGCAGGGGUUACAGACUUGGUGAGGACCGAACUUGAUGAGAGAUUUCACUUUCAGACAGGACACCUACCUGUGCGAUAUCUGGGUUUGCCACAUCUUACGAAGCAAAUGCGGAAGCAAGACUAUCUGCCUCUACUUGAGAAAUGCCGCAAGCGAAUUCGCUCAUGGAGUGUUCGAUCAUUGUCUAUUGCAGGAUGGCUGCAACUCAUUCGCUCUGUUUUACAUAGUAUCAUGAACUUUUGGAUGGCAGGAUUUUGA